UAUUUCUGUGGGGAAUAUGUGGGGAAUUAUCAUUUUUCUUUCCCCAAACGUGGGGAAUUUCGACAAUGCGUUUGGGGAUUUUAGCAAAUUACUGUCGGCAACACUGGUUGUUGAUUACUUGACUUUUGCUUGCUGAUAUUCUGAUUUUUUUAUUAAAUUAAAAUUAAUCAGUCGAUCGAAAGAAAAAUUACUAUCUAGAAAAUUAUUUAAGUUCAAAUCAGAAACAAACUAUCCAAGGGCACUAAACUUAUUAAUCCUAUAAAAUGUCUUAUAGCGAUAGUACGAGCCGCAGUGAAGCAAGAGAAUUACUCCGCAAAUGGAGAGAAAGCAACGAGAGAAGAAGUGAGGAAGUUAUCGACUUAUGGUCCUCGGAAUUGGGGGAAUAUUAUUUUGUGAAUGUAAAUGCUUUUGGCAAUGAUAAAUAUGUGCUGUUGGAACAGGUGAUAUUCGCGGCUCUGGAUUGUCACCAAUAUUCCAUUGCGGACUUCUGCAUCAAUAUACUAAACGAUGAGUUCCCUGACAGUUUGCGCGUGCGCCGGUACCGCGCCGCGCGCCUCGAGGCUGAAGAGAAAUAUGACGAAGCCCUGGAGAUUCUGGACAGCAUAAUCAAGGCGGACGAGACGAACGCGCCGGCGCGCAAGCGGCGCAUUGCUAUCGCCAAGGCACUAGGACUCAUCCCUGAAGCAAUCAAAGAGCUUGUUGAUUACUUGAAGAAGUUCAUGUCAGACGUGGAAGCAUGGCAGGAGCUGUGCGAGCUGUACAUCGGCGUAGGGGAAUACGCACGUGCCGCCUUCUGCGCCGAGGAGCUGAUCCUGCACCAGCCCCACAACCAUCUCAUGCAUCAGCGGUUGGCUGAUAUACGGUACACUAUGGGCGGAGUGGAGAAUAUGGAACUGGCCAAGUCAUACUACAGUCAGGCGCUGAAACUGAAUCCUGACAACAUGAGGGCUCUUCUUGGACUGUUUUUGGUGACGACGAACCUGCUGAGCCACUACAAGUCGUCGGGCAACAGCGCCAAGCGCAAGGAGGCGUGGAAGCUGUGUCAGCGCGCGCAGGCCGCGUGCGUGGCCGGCGCCAACGCCGCGCCCGCCUCCGCGCUCUCGCUCUCACACGCCAUGCUGGCGCUCGCCAUCACCGACUAGCGCCGCUACCCACCACUCGUUAUAUGAAGGAUAUUACAUCUAUCCAACAUUCGUCAAUCAUGACUUUUUAUUCAAACAAAAUGUUUAAACGUCGUCGGCAAUAACUUUGUCUAUGGGUGAUCAUAGUUUACCGUAGUAAAACUACGAUCAGCACACGACCUCACAAAUAACGAUCACACUGCAAUAAUAAUAAGGUCGAUUUUUCUAAACUUCGUCGGCAAUAAUUUUGUCUAUGGGGGAUCGUUGUAUUUCCGCGGUAAAACCACGAUCAGCAUAGAAACCUACAAAUAACGAUCACAGUGCAUUACUAAUACGGUCGAUUUUAGUUUGAAUAAAAAGUCGUGAUUGACGAAAAAUUAGUGGAUAGAUGUACUUUACGUCGUCAUAUAAUAGACCUAUAAGCCUAGCACGCUAACGGCGCGAGUAGAGCGAGUAAAUGUAAAAGCGCGAGUUGUCAAAUUUGACAGACAAGUUAAGAUUCCUCGAUCACGCAUCGAACUGCUCGCGACUUGAAUAUAAAAAAUGUGUCACACAAAUUAUGUCAAUCUUCUCAUUCCUUAUGAAAAUAGGUGUCUGUUUUUCUAUUUCUUGUCACUUCUAUAAGCAAUAUACAAUACUAAGAAAUUUUCGCGCUUACAUAGCCUGCUAGGCCUCCUGAGGUAUACAAGCUAUUAAAGUUACGCUACCGUUAUCAUACCGGUAUAAAAUGACGGUACCGUUUUUCGGGCCAAUAGGAAAUUUUUAUUUCAUUAAUUUUAUUUAUUUUCAGAGAUCUAACAGCUUCAUUUACAAAUGAAUACAAAGGUAGUUAACGGAAUGCCAAUCGGUACGGUAAUUUCAUACCGGUAUGAUAAUGGUACCGCAACUUUACACGUGCUUUUACGUAAAUAACCAAUAAGGGCGGUUGCCCUUUGGAUCAGAGGGGUUAAAAAGGCUACAUCGAAGCAAUUCAUCUAACAGGCCUUGAAAGCAGUAAAGAUAUGAUAAAACAUAUUGAUAAUGUUACGCUACCGUUAUCAUACCGGUAUAAAAUUGUACCGAUUGGUCUAAAUUAAAUAAAUUAAAAUUGUGUUGGUGUCUGCAGAAUUGAGCACGAUUGUUUAUGAUAUGUGUAUUAUAUUAUAUAAGUAAAUAUUAGGUAAUCUUUUUCUUACUGUAUAAUUAUGGUAAUGAGGAAAUUCCAGGCUACGUUUUCCAAAAAAUAUAUAGUAGGCGCUGUACCGAUUUGCCUUUGUGUAAGCUGUUCAUGGAUAACAGGCAUAAGCAUCUUUUAUGUUUGUUUUUACCGACUUCAAAAAAGGAGGAGGUUCUCAAUUCGACCGUAUAUUUUUUUUAUGUUUGUUCGGGCAUAACUUCGUCGUAUAUGAACCGAUUUUGAUAUUUUUUUUUUUGGGUAUAAAUGAUGACCCUUGUUAUUACACCCAGGCACAACACAUCUUCCAAUUUUAUUCUGAUUAAAAUAAAGUGAAGCAAUAUAGGUAGCGAGAUAAUUGUAUACUUAUCUGAUCCAUAUAUCAAGCAACUAUACAUUUUAUUUUUGAAUAAUUAUGAAGCCGUUGGUCCCGGCUAUUAGCCGUAAAAACACCUCCGCCAACGUAUGCUCCAUACCCCCUCCGGUUGAUUGAGGGGAGGCCUGUGCCCAGCAGUGGGACGUAUAUAGGCUGUUUAUGUUAUGUAUGUGGGAUUUUGGGUUUGCUCAAUUAAACAGUCAAGUACGGUUCAAACACUUAUUUUUAUUUUAACCUCCGCGUAUUACACCACCAUCGUUUUCCGUCCGCCAUCCGCUCUCCCCUCUCCUUCCCUUCUCACUCCUAUCACUCUGACUCAUUCACACUCCUUCACUCAAUCUAUCGUUUCUCUAUGCAUCCCUUCUAUACUCUAUACCUUCUGUACUACUCAUGUUACUCGUCUACUUCUCACACAAUCAUCUCAACUCACCUGUCACUCACUCAGCCACACGCCUACAUGUAUGUAUGUAUGUACCACAAGCAAUGAGAAAAUAGGUAAUACGUUAAAUCUGAACAGCGCCCUCUAUAUUAUUUUUUUGGGGAACGUAGCCUGGAUAGUCCCUCAUCGUAUUUAUAGGGAUUAUGAACGUUACGUUAGAACAUUGUUAGACUUGGUUUAUGGACUAUUUAUUUGAAUAAAUUAUGUUACCAAUAA